CGGGCUGGUUAUCGGCCGGCUCGGGCUCUGGUGUGGCGGGUCCGUGAGGUCCCGGUGCGGGCAGCUGAGGGAAGUGGCGUGGGCGGCCUCGCAGCUCCUCCUAUGAGCCGCCGGGAGCAGAAGAAAAGAUGUGGAGUGGGCUGCUACCUCCUGGCCUAAAUGAAAGUGAUAUUGAGUCAAAUUCUGAAGAUGAAGCUCCAUUAGAGGACUCUGGACUUAACUUGCAGGAAAAUAAAGAGGAUGGAAACAUUAGAAAAACAGAAACCUUGGAUUUCCCAACAGAUGGUUCAAAAACUGAAACAGAGGCAAAUGUAAAUGCGUAUGAAGAAUGCCCUUCUGGAAUUCCCUUAAAUGUGUGGAAUAAAUUUCAAGAAUUGCAUAAAAAACAUUCUGAACAGAAAAGCUCAACAUCAAGAUUCAGAAGGAAAAAAAGAAAACACUCCAGAAAAGGUAAAUUGAAGGAAGAAAAAGAAACUCCUAGUGAACAGCCCGCAAAUGAAACCCACUGGAAGGAACUUACUCAGUAUUUUGGAGUCAAUGACAGAUUUGAACCCCCUGUUAAAAGGAAAAAAGUUGAGAAGUCAGGCCUUGAAAAGAGGAUAGACCAAGCUGUGGAAGAGUGGAAUAUUGAGAAGGCUGAAGAACUCAGCAACCAGCUAGCCACCCGAGAGCUAGGUGUAAAAAUUGCCAAAGCAGUUGCCUGCCACAACUUCGUAAAAGCCAAAAAGGAGGCUGAAAAUUCACAGGCUGCUCGAAAAAAGAAGAAACUUGCAUGGGGGUUUGAAGCAAAGAAGAGAUGGGAAACCAAAAGCAACAUGGGAUAUAUGUAACUUGCCAGAGUUCUUCAGGACAUCUGUAGACUCAAGUGCUCAGUUUACUGAAAAGAUUUUUCUGCUUAUGUUAAAUUGUAUCAGGAAAUUGGUAGAAGUAGAAAAAAAUAAAAAAAAUGGGGAGUUGUUUAUCA